GAGGACGCGGCUGCCUGCUGUAGUUACGCGACAGGGCAAACGCGCCGGGGUGACGACAUCUGCCUGAUUCGCGACAACCAUCACCAGGCAUCUCUGUCCCAAGUGUGAACAAAAUAGACAUUUCUUCCUACCGGUACAGCUUGCAUCGUUGCAAUUGAGUGGUUAUAAGCUGAUAGACCACUAUUCACUGAACACCGACACCCUCUUCCAAAGCUGGACUCUUGACGAUCUGGUAUACCCAGUCACAAUGGGGGAUCGAUCUGAGUACGAGAGAAGAGAUGAGGAGGAGGAAGAGGAGGAGUUGGGCGAGAUGGACUACAAAGCUCAGAAAGAUGCCUUGAUCUUCGCCAUAGACGUCAGCAGCUCCAUGCUGCAAGUCCCGCCUCACUCAGACGAUAAGAAAGCGGACAAGGACUCGGCUGUACUUGCAGCCUUGAAAUGUGCAAAUCAGCUGAUGCAGCAGCGCAUCAUAUCCAAUCCCAAAGACAUGAUGGGCAUAAUGUUCUUUGGCACGGAGGGGACCAAGUUCCGCGAAGGCGACGGCCAUCAGAGUGCACUGGGCUACCCGCACUGCUAUGUCUACACUGACCUCGACAUCCCUUCUGCCGAGGAUGUCAAGGCGCUGAAGGCCUUGCUGGAAGACGAUAGCGAGGAAGCCUCCGAGAUCCUGGUUCCGGCUAAGGAGCAAGUCAGCAUGUCAUCCGUGUUGUUCUGUGCUAAUCAGAUCUUCACGACGAAAGCGCCCAACUUUGGUUCGCGGCGGCUGUUCAUCAUCACGGACAAUGAUGAUCCACAUGCCAAUGACAAGAAAUCGAAGGAGGCCGCAGCGACCCGGGCAAAGGAUCUGUAUGAUCUAGGAGUGACAAUAGACCUUUUCGCUAUCACGCGAGGAGACAACAAAUUUGACUUGACCAAAUUUUACGAUGAUAUCAUCUACCGAGAUCCGACGUCAGACGAGACGAGCUCCUAUCGAGUGUCAAAGGCGACAUCGGGCGAUGGCAUCACCUUGAUGAACUCUUUGGUCUCUAACAUCAACUCAAAGCAGACUCCCAAGCGUGCCUACUUCUCAAACAUGCCUUUCGAGCUCGGCCCAGGCUUGACAAUAUCCGUAAAAGGCUACAUCAUUCUUCAAAAACAAAUGCCUGCAAGAAGUUGCUAUGUUUGGCUCGACGAUGAGAAAGCCCAGAUAGCUGUCGGUGAGACAGCCCGGAUCGCGGAAGACAGCGCUCGCACAGUUGAAACUGGCGAGGUCAAGAAGGCUUACAAGUUCGGUGGGGAGUACGUAUACUUCAGCGAAGAGGAGCAGGGCUCCAUCAAGCAGUUUGGAGGUGCGGUCAUACGAGUUAUUGGUUUCAAGAACCGGUCACUGCUCAAAUUCUGGCACGCUGUGAAGAAGUCGACAUUCAUCUUCCCGAGUGAAGAGGGCUUUGUUGGCUCCACCAGGGUGUUCUCAGCUCUGUGGGCGAAGCUACUCAAAUCCGACAAGAUCGGAAUUGCUUGGCACAUCGCCAGGAAGAACGGCAACCCUCAACUCGUCGCGAUCGUGCCAUCAAGAGGACCCUCCGCUGAGCCGUCUGGGAUUGAGGCUAUUCCUGCAGGCCUAUGGCUCGUUCCAAUUCCCUUCGCCGACGAUGUCCGAGAACCACCAGAAGGCAUGACGGGGCGCCUGAAAACGACGCCAGACCUUGCAAACAAGAUGCACACGAUUAUCCGCCAGCUGCAAUUACCCGCAGCAAGCUACAACCCGGCGAAAUAUCCCAAUCCGGCCCUUCAAUGGCACUACAGAAUCCUGCAGGCUCUUGCCCUCGAGGAUGAGGUGCCCGAGCAACCCGACGAUGCUACUGUGCCGAAGUAUCGCGCCAUCCACAAGCGCUGUGGCGCCUAUAUACAAGAGUGGGCUGCCACUGCAAAUGACGUGCUAGGACAAAUUCAGGACAGAAAAUCCGUCAAGAGAGACCUGCAAGACGACGAUGACGAGCCACCACGCGCGAAGAAGUCCAAGGCAGCGGCGACAGGAAGUUCCAAAGGCGGAGAUAGUGGUGUGAGCAACGAUGCAGUGCUGAAGAGACGGUACAAGGAUGGCACACUAUCGAAGCUCACUGUGGCAGACCUGAAGACUGUGCUGGUUGAGCGAGGCAUAGAAGCGAAGGGUCUAAAAAAGGACCUGGUCGAACGCGUAGAGCAGUGGGCAGAGGAGAACAUGUGAAGCCGGCUUGAUUCUUCCCAACAAGACGAACAAAAGUAAAACAUCUUUCACCAAAAGUGACCGUCUUAUGAAUGAAAGCAACAUGGCAUGUGAGGCGAAAUUCCUUUGCAUUUCGUGCAAACGAUAUUGUGUCAAUGUUCGGUGACUUGAGUUGAUGAACAGCAGUGGCAGCCUUAGGCGUGUAAGUGCUUACCUGAAGGUGCU